AUGUCUAGGUUACGAACUCAGGCACUCGCUUCUUUGCAUUCUGGUCUACAAAAUAACCAAGGUCUCCCUGUUGGCCUUAUUGCCAAGUGGCUUGCAAUGGAGGAAGAAGUAGAAAAACUAUUGAAGUAUCAUGGCUUUGCCAUAAGGGAAUUUGAAGAACCAUAUAUGGUGAAGGACGGCCUGUUUCUCAAUGCUGACAAGGAUUACCCUACCAAGUGCUCAAACCUUGUUCAUCUGAAAAAAUCAGAAAGGAUUGUUGAUGAUGUUUCACCACCUUCUCAGGGGGUACCUUUGCCUACUGAAGCAGUGAAAGAGAAACGGUCUCUUAUGAUCUACAAGCAUGACACGAAGGCUGUUCGUUCUGCUUUUGUGGAUGCACAGACUUUUGCCAGUGAAAUUGAUGAAGAAAUUCCUGACUUUGAAGUUGUUGCAUCCCCAAAUAUUGGAGCACAGGUGGAGCCAAUGAUUGAAGAGCCUAUCGUUAACCAACAGAGUCAAGAUGAUCAUCAGGUGGCUGGUGCCUAUAUCUUGCCAUGGGGCGUCUCCUGGGCUCAAAGAUCCCCUGAAGCUCAGCCAGCUAAGCUUGGAGUUGUGGAGAAGCCAAACCACAGUACUCUUUUCAGAGUCUCUCCUAAGAGGAAGAUGCCUUCUAGCAUGGAAGAACUGCUGUUGCCAAUUGCGUCAAGAACAGGUUUGCUGGAGAGAUCCCCUAGUGAUAAAUAUGGUUAUGCCAGGGAGAACUCAACUCCCCAGAUUGUGGCCAUUAAUGACUCAAGAGAAGAAGAACCUUCUGAUAGAGAUCAAGCAAGUGAAAAUGACGAGGUUAUGGAAAGUAAUGAAGAAGAAGUUGCUCAGGCAAAAGUCAAGUUGAUCAUCAGGUUAUGGAGACGGCGAUCUUUAAAACAAAGGGAGUUGCGCGAGCGAAGGCAGAUGGCAGCAAAUGCUGCACUAAGUUCAUUGUCAUUGGGACCGCCAAUUCGACAGGCCAGAGAUCAAUCUAUCACUGCUACCAUGUUUGACAUCAAUCAUGUCAUGAAGAAGAGGUAUGAAAAACAUGAACGAUCGUGGUCAAGGCUGAAUGUUUCAGAUGAGAUUGCAGAUGUUCUUAGCAGAAGAAACCCAGACGCCAAAUGUCUCUGCUGGAAAAUUAUUUUAUGUUCUCAGAGAAACGACCAAGGAGACAGACUUGGGCAGAGAAGCCAGGUUAUGCAGGGGGCAGCAGGCUCAUGGGUGUUUUCAAAGCUCAUACCUUCUACAAAAGAUAAUGAUGAUAGUGAUCUGCUUAUUUCAUCUCCUGGCCUGGCAAUAUGGAGAAAAUGGCUUCCCAGUCAAUCUGGUAAUCACCUGAACUGCUGCUUGUCAGUUGUCAAGGAUUUUAAAUUGGACAAAUUGAAUGAGAAAGUAGAAGGCGCAAGUGCGGUUCUGUUCCUUGUAUCUGAAAGCAUCCCAUGGAAUCUUCAAAAAAUCCAGCUUUAUAACCUUCUGACAUGCAUCCCUUUUGGUUCCAAGUUGCCCCUUCUAGUCUUAAGUGGUUCAAAUUGUAAAGAGGAUUUGGAUCUUUCCUCCAUUAUAGUCAAUGAACUGGGCCUUCAGGACAUUGACAAAUCACAGAUAAGUAGUUUUUCAAUUGUUUUCCUUAUUGAAGACAAACAAGUGGAAAUGUGGGAUGGAUUUUUCAGUGAUUUGCGAUUAAGGGAAGGACUACGGUGGUUGGCGAGUGAAUCACCACUACAACCCGAUGUUCACUGCAUCAAAACACGGGACUUGGUUCUAACCCACUUAAAUCCUUCAUUGGAUGUCCUUGAAAACAUGGGGGAUUAUGAGGUAAGUCCAAACCAUUGUAUCUCAGCCUUCAAUGAAGCCUUGGAUUGGUCUCUGGCGGAAAUUGCUGCUGCUGCCAAAUCAAAUCCCACCAAUUGGCCUUGUCCUGAGAUUGCCUUGCUGGAGAGUUGCUGCAAUGAGUUAAUGGUGAUGAACUGGUACUUGCCGAGCACAGGUUGGAGUUUGGCAGAAAGAAUUGAACCCUUUUUAUGUGCAAUAAGGGAAUGUAAACUUCCUGGUUUUCCCGAUACCAUGCCCUGGUUGGAUAAAGGUGCAAAUACAGUUGAUGCGAUUGAAAACCUGAGAUCACAACUUGAGAAUUGCUUGGCCAUAUACCUAACUGAAUCAAGUGGGAUGAUGGGUACUCUUUUAGCUGCAAAAGAGGCAUAUGUAAUGCUACAAAGAAGUGCUCGACUUGAACUCCAUGAGUCAAGCUACCAUAUAGUUCCCAAGUGGAUUAUGAUUUUUAGACGGAUUUUUAACUGGCGAUUAACAAGUUUAACCAGUGGAGCUUUCUCAUCAGCCUUUGUUUUAAGGUGUCAUGAUGUUGAUCCAGCUUCAAGAAUUCCCGAUGAGUUGCUGCUUGAAGGAGGUGGAUCUUCACCUUAUCUAAGUCAACCUACACUAGAUGAAGUAAUUGAUGCUGGCUGCAGCUCCUUUCUGUCAGGAAGGAAUCAAGCACAUGCAGAAGCUUUUCAGCCUCUACCAAGGACAAUUUCAGAUGAUGAUGUUUACAAGGACACUAACUUGAAUGACUUGGUAAAUAACCAAAGAACCUCUGCACAAAAUGGCAAUUUGUUUGAGACAGAGAGCAUUGGUAAUAUGGCUAAUCAAUUAAACACUACUGGUAGAACUGAGAUUGCGUCUGCCGGCAAGGUAACCAAAGAAGCUGACAAAUUAAGCAAGUUGUUGGAGCAGUGUAACAUAAUGCAAAACUCGAUAGGUGAGAGGCUUUACAUUUAUUUCUGA